AUGCCCCUAUGCGAGACAGGUGUGGUGCAAGGUCAUACACAGUGCGAACCUUCGGAUAGUGGAUCCAGGAUUCACAGGGAACCUACAGCGAGGCUCGAGGGCGACGCAAGCGGCGUCGAGGCGGAUGAACCCGGUGAAGGGGCGUCGCCCGGCGAAGACGGUGCAGCGCCCGAGCUGAGGCUCAAGGGCGACGCAGGCGGCGUCGAGGCGGGCGUCGGCGCAGAUGUCGGCGCGGGUGUCGGCGCGGGGUCACCCGAGACAUGGCUCGAGGGUGACCCAGAGGGUGGCGAGGCAGCGCCCGAGCCAGAGCUCAAGGGCGCGGCGGAGAACGACGAGGCAGUGCCCGAGUCCGAGCUCGAGGGCACUGCAGCCGGCGGACCUGCAGGAGGUCGACGCCGGGGACCAUCAGUAGUCGAAGGAGGAGUGGCGACCACCUGUCUCUGUAGCGGUAGCCUUUGGUGUUAG